AUAUCGUAAACGUGAGGUAGAAUUUGAAUAAUCCGCAAAGCAGGUAGUUGCUGACGUAUUCAUCUCAGAACGUAUCUCUCCCUACCAGACGAUUGUAUUAGUUUAAAUUGUGAAACUUCCUCCUUAUGCCUUUGAUGCUAUUCGUACUAAUGUAUUCAAAAAUAUUGUGAUGUCUCGAAAAAAACACACAGGAGAUCGAAACAUCGAAAUUUCGUUAGGCUUCGUUGUAACUUCGUUAUGUGGAUGCUGUAUACUCCUGUGGAUCAGUUCGUUGUGUUAAUUCUCAGACGGAAACAUGUCUUCAAAAUCGUCGCUGAAGAGGCCCAUCACUCCUAGCAAAGAUUCGAAUCCUGUAUCGUUUGAUUCCAAAGCUCCCCACUGGAGUUCCAAUGUGCACGAAUGCACGGUGUGCAUAGGUCCCGAAGGAACUUUAAAUUUGCCGAUCAGGGGCGGCUCUGACAAGGGAGAAUUCGCGUACUUCGAUGAUCUCAUACAGUCGAGGAUUUCGUAUCUCAGUGGAUAUUUGGAGAACGGUGAUGUGAUUUUGGAAAUACAAGGGCAAAAAGUUGCAGGAUUUACUCAAAGAGAUGUGAUAGCAUGGCUAAAUCACUGUUGCAAGAGCGGCAAUCCUGUUCGAAUAACCGUCGCCCGAGGUGGAUAUUUAGGUAAAGAUUUGAGACAACACUUAAACACAAGGUUUCCUAAAAACUCCCCUGACUGUGAACUUCAAAACACAGUGAGAGAUAAUCUUUACCUUCGGACAGUGCCAUGCACAACAAGGCCCCCUCGAGAAGGAGAAAUAAAUGGAGUGGACUACACUUUUCUAACAGUUGAAGAAUUUAUGCAGUUAGAGAGAUCUGGUAAUCUGUUAGAGAGUGGAAUAUAUGACGGCAACCAUUACGGAACUCCAAAACCUCAGGAAGAAUGUCCAUUACCUGUAUCAAGGCCUAAUAGUUACAGCAAUAAUAACUCUAAUAAUAUCAUACCUGGAAUCCAUCCAUCAUCUGAAGGGAAAAGGCGUAGGAAUCGUUCAAGUGUUGAAGCAAUGACAGCUAAAACAAGUGGCGAACAGACAGAGUCAACUUAUGGGCACUCAGGGAAAAACAAUAUAGAUUCUUCACACAUUUCACAAGGCUCAGUUUCAGAUGAAUUAGUUAAACCUCUCAAAAAAGUAUCUGUAUCUGAUGAUGAUGAUUUGGGGCCUCUACCAGAAAAUUGGGAGAAGGCAUACACAGAAGAUGGUGAACCAUAUUACAUUGACCACAAUACGGGCACUUCCCAGUGGCUAGAUCCAAGGCCUAGAAACAAAAAACCAGUGGAAGAAUGUAAAGAAAAUGAACUUCCAUAUGGAUGGGAGAAAAUCAAUGAUCCUCAUUAUGGUACUUACUACAUUGACCAUGUAAAUAAAAGAACACAAUAUGAAAAUCCUGUUACUCAAGCAAGAAAGAUAUCUACUAGCUCACUGCAUGAGGAUUCUAUGCCCAAUGGCUCUCAAAAUUCAUGGAGAAAUGACAAAGGAGACCGUUCAUCAGAACAAAAUGAUUCAGCCCCUCCUGAAAUAAAUUCCUUACCCAAACACCCUGAUGCUCAAAAUCAACAACGAAAUGGCACUGACACUCUUCAUUCAAAAGAUGGAAGAACAAAUAGAGAUGGUGCUCCAUAUGCUGGAUUGAGAGGUUCUGGUUACCAUCCCCCCUAUGUGUUCACUGACAAUCCUGCAGAGCUUCAAGGUACUAUGGUCAGAACUAGUCUAGUGAAAAGUGCCCGUGGAUUUGGGUUCACCAUUGUGGGUGGAGAUGAUGGUGAUGUUAGAGAAUUUCUUCAAAUCAAAGCUAUUGUUCCUCAUGGACCAGCUUGGCAAGAUGGGAAACUGUCAACAGGUGAUGUACUUGUAUACAUCAAUGACCAAUGUGUAUUAGGUUUCAGCCAUCAGGAUGUUGUAUCAUUAUUUCAGUCCAUACCUCCCGGAGAAACAGUACAUCUAGGAGUGUGCAAAGGUUACCAGCUUCCAUUUGAUCCAGAAGAUCCUGAUACAGAAAUUGUAACUACGAAUGGUGUAACUAGUUGCAAUCAUGGAAAUGGGCCCAAUGGUUAUUGUGGUUGUUUGAGUGGAAUUGAAUCAGCAGAAUCUACCACUCGUUCUGCUAAAUCCAUGCCAGAUCUCACUUCUUUCCAAUCCCAAAGGCAUCGAAGCUUAACUGGAGAUAUGGCACCUGAUCACAGCAUUGCCAGUGGUGAUCACUCUGUCAGCUCUCAUGAUGUAAAUCAUCAAGUUCCUGGCAAAGCAGAUUUUCUAUCUGUAGAAAUUGUGAAAGGAAAAGGAGGAUUUGGAUUCACUAUAGCUGACAGUGUGUAUGGUCAAAAGGUGAAGAAAAUUUUGGAUCGAGAUCGUUGCCAGCAUUUACAGGAAGGUGACAUUUUAAUUGAAAUUAAUGGCAGGAAUAUUCGUGGCUUACCCCAUAGUGAGGUUGUGCAAAUUCUUAAAGAUUGCCUUUGUGAUGAAUCGGCUCAUAUUACUAUUCAAAGGGGGUUGCUUUCUAAAGUUGCCAAGAUGAAAUCUGCUGAUGAUCUAGGUGUUCGGAGAAGUGCUAGCAAUAAUUCAUCCCAUUCCUAUCCUUAUAGGUCAACUGAUUCCUAUACACCUGCUGCUGCCACCAUGUAUCGUAGCAAAACUCCUACUGCUGAUUUGUACAGUUCUCGUGACAAGGAAACUGUUCAUGUGAAUCGACCAAAAACCCCUCUUGUUGAUACAAGACAUUGGCCAAAAUCUGACUCUAUGCCAAGUUCUGAACCAACAGAGAGGUCUAAUCCAAUGCAUCGAGGAAAUGGCAUAUUAGUCAACCAACCAGAUUAUUCUCGCAUCCCAUCUAAUCCUGAACCUAUGAGACAUUCUUCUGUUGGAGAUCGUGGAUUCGACAGUAAUGCAAACCGACCAACUGCCUUUUCCAAUAGCUGGAAAAUGGAUCAUCCACCAGCUUUAAGGACUGCUUACAGUGCUGCUCUUGAUAAAACCACAGUGAAUCCAUCAUGGUAUACAACACUUGGCAAGCUUAGGGAAACAUAUUGGGCUGAUAAUCACAACAAAGAGCUGAACAAAUCUGUUGACUUCAGUACUGUAAAUCAUUCUUCAGAUAUGUUGGACAAUGGUAUUAAUUCUCAGUAUGGUUACUGCCAGUCAAAGCUGCCACCCCCUGUUCCCCCUCACUCACGAACAAACUUUAAUGACUCUUAUGAAGACAGUGUGUUUUCUCAUAAUUCUAACAAUCAUUCUUGGACUAAUAAAUCUAACCAUGAAAGUAUACCAGUCAGGGAUUCCUAUGGCUAUUCCCAGGGACAUCCAAAUGAUCCUUCAUACCAUAGGAUGAAUUCUGUCCGAAGUCCUUAUAGUCAACCUCCUGUGCAUUAUGGGCCAAUGUCAGUCAGUAAUGGCACUAGUGACUCUAUGGUUCACCAUGAACCAGCUUAUAGAACGAACCCGUCCGGGCAUUCACCAAACAGCUCUCAUUAUGAUAGUUUAACUAGAAGGAAACGAGGUACUUCCUUUGAGCAUGAAAAUCCAUCUCCUGUGGCAACAAUGAACAAGGGUGAAAGCCUGUAUUCUACAGGUUCUGUAUAUUCCCAACCAGGUGUACUUAGGCCGCCAAUGCUGGGCCGUGCUCCUGAAUACUUGGAAAUGACUGUUACACUUCAUCGCCAAGAAAGUGGGUUUGGAUUUCGAAUUGUAGGUGGCACGGAAGAAGGAUCUCAGGUUGCAAUUGGCCAUCUAGUUCCUGGUGGUGCUGCAGAUUUAGAUGGUAGAUUACACACUGGAGAUGAAAUAGUCUCUGUAGAUGGCCAGUCUGUCAUUAAUACAUCUCAUCACCGAGUUGUGCAAUUAAUUGGGAAUACUGCUGCCAAUGGGAAAGUAACUCUUGGAAUUAGAAGAAGAAUUUCAUCUAUUGAUUCUGCUUACACAAGAUCUAUGGAAAGCAUUUACCCAUAUGAUGUUACAAUUACCAGGCAGGAAAAUGAAGGAUUUGGUUUUGUCAUUAUUUCUUCAGUUAACAGAGCUGGAGCAACUAUUGGUCGAAUUAUUGAAGGCAGUCCUGCUGAUCGUUGUGGCCAGCUUCAUGUUGGAGAUCGCAUCUUGGCUGUCAAUGGCAUAAGCAUUCUUAACAUGCAUCAUGGAGAGACUGUAAAUUUGAUCAAAGAUUCUGGAUAUUCUAUUACCUUAACAAUUGGCCCUCCACAAGAUGACACCUCCAGUACUACAUCUGCCUCUCAGCGAGGGGAGGAAUUAGAUGAUCAGUACCAUGCUAUUGAACUCCACCGAGGCACAAAGGGCUUUGGUUUCAGUAUACGUGGAGGGAAAGAAUUUCAAAAUAUGCCUCUUUUUGUUCUGCGUAUUGCUGAAAAUGGACCAGCUCAUUUAAAUGGAAAACUUAUGGUUGGUGAUCAAAUAAUAGAAAUCAAUGGUAAAAACACAAAAAAUAUGACUCAUGCUGAAGCCAUUGAACUGAUACGACAGGGUGGCAGCACUGUAAGACUUUUAGUGAAGAGAGGAAGUCACAUCUCACCACAAGAUGAAGAUCCUAUGGUGCCACCAAUCCCUAUGAAUAGGUAUCCACAGCAUCAUCCACCCAUGUUGGCAUCCAAUGGUCUGAUGGGAGGAUCUAAUUCUCGAACAGGUUCUGAUAAUAUUUCACAGGACUACUAUGCUUGGAGUUAUGAACAACAUUAGAAAACUACAAUAACUUAUUUCAUAAUUUCUUGUCAGAUCAGUCUUGUAUCAUUUGUUCAUAUGAAUCUAGAAUUGGCAUCAGAAGCGUUAAUGGAAAGAAUCUACAGGACUAGAAUGAUGGAUGCCCAGUCUGUCUUCAAGUUGGCUCAAUGUAAUAGUUUUAUGAUUCAAUUGAGUUUAAGUAUAUUCAUUGAAGAAGUGAUUGAUUUAUUAAUGACAGACUUCAUGUUUUAUAAACAUGCAACAAGUUCUUAAAUGCAAUACUCACUGCCUGCUUUCCUGUUGGAAAAAUGGGGGGAAAAGUUAAUUGCCUUGUUGUGUUUGGAAAACAUCGGCUUGGUUGAUUAUAAAAUUUGGACUUUGAAGUUCAUAAAAAGCUUAAUGAAUUGGAAUCUUCUGUAUUGUUAUAUACUCGACUCUGCUGUGAUUGUUUGGUGCACUUUCAUCAAUGCUCAUCGUCACAUAUCUCUCAUAAUUCAACGAAGUUGCAAUAAUAUCUGUCUUGUAAAUUACCAUUGAAGUUUUUUUUUUAAAUGCUAGAUUUGCUUUAUGUAUAGUGUUGUAUUUUCAGUACAGAACACAAGAAGAUGGCAUUUAUAUCUUUUUUUUAAUGUAGAAACACUUUUAUUGCAUGCAUAAAGAUUUUGAGUUUAUUCAUUGACUUUUUUUAAUUAAAGUUACAUUUGUAUAUAGAAUUAGAUUUUGUAUGUUGGUAAAGUUUUAGUGUACUUUCCUCUUUCAGAAUGUACAUAAUAAGUAAGAUUUAAGUGUGGUUGUAUAAAAUGACAUUUCUGUAAGCAAAAUAUUUCUCUACCUUGCCCCCACCCCUUUGUCUUUGACAUGUGUAAAUGCAACUUUAAAGGAAACAAAAACGAGUAUUCUCAAAAGUAGGUUUGUCACAAGUCUAUAUAGUAUUUCAUGAAUGUAAAUUUCAUGCAAAAGCUCGUCAUUUGAAAAUUCUCCUGAAAAACUUUAUACCAAUGCCAUUUGUUAGAAUUAUUAGAUAAACCAGUUAAUGAGUAUUUGUAAUUCAAAAAUUUUGUUUUUGUGUGCAUAUUAUUCACAUUUUGUCUUCCAAAUUUAAAAUUUCUGAAGAGUAAAUCUAUGUCAUCAAUGUGUAAACUAUGCGGUCAAAUCAAAAUAAAUCCUUUAAAUGGGAUGAAAACUAUAAAUUUUUCCUAUAUUUGAGCAAGAUUUUUUGCCUCUCUCUUUCAUUCUUUUUCCUUUAAGGAAUUUAAAUGGUUAGUGAUGUAGCUGUAUGACGUGUUUAAAUCAAAAUAAGAAAAUGUGUCGUUGUAGAAUGAAGUGCACUUAUUCCAACAAUGAAUUUAUUCAUUUGAUUUGCAGCGGUUGUUAUUUUUUAUUAAAUACUUUGUCUUUUAUAGAAAUAUACCCAUUUUAUUUUUUAUUUUCAAAAAAAAAAAAGUAUUUUAUAGAAAUAGGUUUUGGUAGUUUUUUUAGACCUUUUGAUGCUGGAAGAAAAUUCUAGCAAAAUAUUCUAAUAGCAAGAAUCAAAAUUCAAACAUUUCCAAGUACUUUAUUAAAAUUUGAAUACUUAGACCUCUAAAUAUUUGAAUUUGGGUGAUAAAAAUUUUUACAAUAUUUUUUUAUUGUAUUCUUCUGUACUAGUAAAGAAAAAUUUAUUAAAAGAAGUUCCAUGUAGAUAAUUAUAAAAAUUAAAGACAAUAAGCCAUGUAUAAACUUUUUUUACUGGCAUUUGUGCAGAAAAUUGUUAACUUGUUCCUGUAAAAUAAAUGUUAAUGGAAUAUUGCUGUUAGCUCUUAAUAUUUUAACUAUGUUCUUUAAUUAAAAAAUACUCAUAAAAUAUAUGAGUUUUAUUGAUAUUAACUAAUUUAUAGUUAGUAGAUUUUAUAGUAGUCAAAAGUUAGUAAGUUUAUUGUUAUUCUUCUGACUAUUUCAUUGAAUCUUAUAUGUUUGUUAGUUGUGUAGAAUUUUAGAGUAUAGUUUUUGAGUAACAGAGUAUUGUUAACAGUGUGCCUUUAAAUAUAUUUUUAUGAAGAUGUAGUUACUCCUGAGAAAAAGUAUUCACUAAAAUCCUAGUGAUGGAUUAUAUAUAUAUAUAUAU